AUGUCGGCUACUACUGUGGAAUCUAAUCACGUUAAAGAAAAUGAAACUAAAAAUGAAGUUGGAAUUCCACCCCAACUCCUCACUCGGCACCCACUUCAAAAUCGUUGGGCUCUUUGGUAUUUAAAGAAUGAUCGUAAUAAGGACUGGGAAGAUUGCUUGAAGAUGGUUUCCCUGUUUGACACCGUUGAAGACUUUUGGGGUCUCUAUAAUCACAUUCAAACAGCUGGUGGGUUGAACUGGGGAUCUGAUUAUUAUCUUUUCAAAGAGGGGAUCAAACCCAUGUGGGAAGACGUGAACAACGUUCAAGGAGGUCGCUGGUUGGUCGUUGUCGAUAAACAAAGACGCUCUCAUCUUCUAGACCAUUACUGGCUCGAACUUCUUAUGGCUAUUGUUGGUGAGCAAUUCGAAGAUUUGGGGGAAUAUAUUUGCGGAGCUGUCGUGAAUGUCCGCCAAAAGGGUGAUAAGGUAUCUCUCUGGACCCGUGAUUCGUCGCGUGAUGAUGUCAAUUUGCGCAUUGGAAUGGUUUUGAAGGCGAAAUUAUCAAUUCCAGAUUCAGAGACUUUGAGAUACGAGGUUCACAAGGAUUCAUCUGCACGUACUUCGUCGACUGUUAAGCCAAGAAUCUGCAUCCCGGCAAAAGAUCACACUAAGGAAAAGGCGGCUACCCCUUCCACUCCUGCUCCAUCAAACUAG